CGAGAGAUGUGCGUUUUCUAGAUGGAAAUACAGUCACUAUUUUGAGUUUGUGUCAGCUAAAGAUGACAACAUUAAGGUCCGUUGUACACUCUGUGCUGGCGGCGACAAAGUGUUAUCUAGCUACAAAAACACUACAUCGAAUUUGAAAAAACAUUUGGAGUCGCAGCACUGUACAGUUAAACUUAUAGAGCAAGUCAGACCAGGUGAUGAGAAGCAGACAGCAGGAGGUCCCCGACCACCCAAACAACAAAAGCUGGACUUCGGUGCAAAACCAGUAAGUGGGGGAGAGUUGAAGAAGUUAGUGGGGCAGUUUGUUGUGGAGGAAAUGCUGCCAUUAAAUACAGUUGACUCACCCUCGUUUCGUGCCAUAAUAAACAAGAUCCCAACCACAGUCAAUGCCGCGCUGCCUCACAGAACAGCGUUUUCUUCUUACAUGGAGGAGGAGUAUGCAGUGAUGGAGAGAAAUCUGAAGGCAGCGCUGAAUGAGGUCGACUUUGUGUCAACUACCGCAGAUAUUUGGACUGCUAACAACAGAAGUUAUAUGGGAGUAACACUCCACUGGAUUAGUAGAUCCACAUUAGAGCGCAACAAGGCUGCAUUGGCAUGUAGGAGAAUUCGCGGCAGACACACGUAUGAUGUUAUUGGUGCAGAAAUCGAAAACAUUCACUCAUCGUAUGGAUUACUACAUAAAGUAGUUGCAACAGUGACUGAUAAUGGAUCCAACUUUGUCAAGGCGUUUAAUGUUUAUCAGCCUGUCACAGAGUCAGAUGAUGAGACGGAGGAGGGAGAGUCCACCCCCACAAAUGAUGAUGUCACUUUUUUAGAUAUGUCAGAAAUCCUCUCAGCUGUUGAUGAAAGUGAAUGCCAGCUGUCUCUUCCCCCGCACCACAGGUGUGCUUCACACACCAUCAACCUAAUUUCCACAAAUGAUGUAGAUAAAUAUUUAACUUCCAAUGCAGAGAGGAAGGCUGUGUAUAGGAGCAGCACAGCAAAGUGCUCAGCUCUUUGGACCAAAUCAAGUAGAUCUACCCUUGCAUCAGAAACAGUGGAGGAAGUCAGCAAAAGAAAGCUCCUGGUACCAACAUCCACAAGGUGGAAUUCAUUUUUUGAUGCUGUAAAGAGAGUUGCAGAAAUCCCCAUGUGUGAGCUGAAUACUCUGUGCACCAAGCUGGGAGUUAAGUGCUUCAAAGAGAAAGAGUACCAGUUUCUGCAUGAGUACUGCACCGCCAUGAAGCCUCUGACUGCAGCACUUGAUAUUUUACAAGGUGACUGUCCUUAUGGGACUUUACUGCCCACACUUGAAGUUCUGAUGCAGAAGACCCUGGAUGUUAAAGAUGCCCUUUCCAGUAUGACUGCAGGCCUUCCAGAUGCCAUAGUGCAGGCUAUCCAGACCCGUUUUGCCGGUGUGCUGGACGACAAAGAUGCCCUUCUCGCAGCAGUCAGUUGUCCAAAAUUCAAACUCAGAUGGCUGAGAGAUGCAGGUAGGAAAGAGUGUGUAAAAGAGCUUCUGACAGCAGAGUGCCGCCGUACAACUGCUCUUGCAGCACAGAGCCCUGCUAGUGUGCCCACCACAUCUUCCAGCCAAGGUGAGAUGGACUUUUUCACUUUUGAAGCAGAGCCAGAGGAGACCUAUUCUGCAGAAAAUGAAGUCAUGGACUACCUGAGGUCAGCAUAUGACCUUCAGAUUCUGCAUCAGUUUAUAAACAUAAAGAACAUUUUCUUGAAGUAUAACACUCCAACCCCAUCAAGUGCUCCUGUGGAGCGUCUUUUCAGUCUAGGAGGUUUGGUGCUCACUCCUAGAAGAAAUAGACUUUCUGACAAAAGGUUUGAAAAGCUUCUGUUAAUGAGGUACAACCACUGGUUUACUCGCCCCACUCCACUGUUUCACUCAUAACAUGGGAUUACAAACUAAGAUUUGGCCAAAGUAACAAAAGUAAAGAAAACAUGAUAUAAGCUUACAUGUGGUGUUACACACUUGUUUUGUUUUGUAAAACCACUCCUUGAUGGUAAAAAAAAAGUAAUAGUCUUUUUCUUUAUUUAAUUUUUUUAUUAAAACAAGUAUUUAUGUUAAGUGAAGUCAAGAAAGACUUUUAUUUUUUAUUAAGAUAAGUAUUUAUGUUAAAUCA